AUGGCCUCCAAUCCAAUUGAUUCGUUGACUUUCAUCCUUGGCGGAAAUCUGUUGAACGGUCUGAAUGAGGGAGAGGGCGGUGGAGGAGAGGGAGAGUCACCAAAACCAUUGAAGCCAUUUAAGGCUGGCUUUGGAGUUUGGGAUUUUUUGAGUCCUAGUCCCUCCCUGUCCUAUUUAUUCCAGUCCCACUCUCGUCCCAGUCCCAUUGGGUUCCAGUCUCUAUACUAUGUCACACUGGCCAAAAGUGACACAAAUGUCACUAAAUUGAGACUAGAGAGGAAUGGCAUGAAAGAGAUAACGGAUUACCACAAACUGCCUCAAAGGCAUCCAUGGGUUGAGUUGGUUAUGAAGAAACCGAAUGAACUGAUCUCGUGGUACGAGUCAACCCCUCGAGAGCGUCGGAAAGUGAUGUAUUUGUCGGCACUACUCGUGUAUGCCAUCAAACCCUUGGGAGUGUUGGCCCUCUUGUGUGUCGUCUAUAUGUAUGCCAACGGAGAGGACAACCCUCUGACGGGUCGGCCCACUGUCUACAAUAUACCCGAAGAAAUGUUGGCCGAAAUAGAGACGGAUGUCUUCAAAGAGAUAUUCAUUGAGAACUUGAAUUCCGGGCGAUUCGUGCCAUCGACUGACCCAUCGGUCAAACGACUGGACAGAUGUGUGGACCGACUGAUUGGCGCCAACGAUGACCUCGACGUGAUUGGAGACGGGAAGUGGACGCCAGUUGUCAUCGACAACCACCACAUGUUGGAUGUGAUUGUGUUGAAAGAGUCGCAAAAUAUAUUCAUUUCGAGAAAGUUAUUGGAUUUGUGCGAAACGGACGACGAGUUGGCGUAUCUGUUGGCCCACCAGUUGUCGCACUCUAUGUUAGACCACUCCAGAGAACCGACUACAUACAUACCGAUGCUAUACAGGCCAUUGAUGGCGAUUGUGCCCAAGUUCUGGUUGAUUAACCAGGAUAAACCAUUGCGGUUAGAGAUCUUCGAGAGUAUUAACGCGUUUUUGGAUAAAAUGGCCAAACAAUUGGUCCGAAAGUGUGUUUAUUUGAACGCAUACUCCGAAGAACUGGAGGAAGAGGCCGAUCGGAUAGCCAUGCAAUUGCUGACCCGCGCCUGUUAUGAUGUCCGCAAAUGUGGUCACUUCUGCAACAAAUACAAGCAUUUUAGUGAACCCGAUGUUCACACCAGUGAUCACCACAAUAAGUCUAAUAAGUCUAAUAAAAACGAUAACUUUUUUAUCAAACAUCCCAUAACUGACAAUAAGUUGUUAUAUUUAUUUCAAUACAUCAAACCUUUUAUUGAAUUGAGGAAACAAUGUAAAUGUGAGCCA